AUGAAGACAUCGUCCGAAGGUACGCUGGAAACUCCCGACCAGCGGUGGCCCUCCAGCCUUGAGAAAUUUGUCAGCGACAGCUUUGUGAAAUCAGGUGCCUUAAACCCCCAUGAGAAGCUCAUCUUCCAUCAGCAGAUAAAAGAACUCCUAGAGAAGGCUGAGGCACAAAACAAAGUGUUCUCCAACAACUGGGAAAUGCAGAAGUUGCCGAUUUUCCAUCCCGGCCUUCCCCUUGACCUCUGCAGCAAUAUUAGCUUUAGCUCACCGGAACUGCUGGUGAAGAGAAAGAAAGAAAGUCAAAAUAAGAAGAGAGCAACCCUACUGCCGCCUGAAUUGACGCCGAAGAUGCACGAUUCAGAGCACAAGAAACCACAAAACAAGAAAUAUGAUUCAGAUCACAAGAAACGGCAGCGACUCGAGCGGUUCAGCUCACCUGACCUCCCGUCCAAACCAGUGUUAUCUACAGAAACCACCAAAAAUGGAGCUAUUGUAGGAAGGUCCCAGGUUAUAGAGAAGCGGUACUUGCGACUCACUUCAGAACCCGAUCCCAACUCGGUGAGGCCUCAAGCGGUGUUGCAACAGGCAGUUACACGGCUUCUUGACUUGACCAACACAAAGCCAUAUUCAUAUAUUAAAGACCAGUUCAAGGCCAUUCGGCAAGACUUGACGGUGCAGCACAUCAAGAACGACUUCUCUAUGUAUGUGUACGAGACGAAUGCUCGUUUGUCGAUACGAAACAAUGACUUGGGGGAAAUGAACCAAUGUGUGACUCAGAUCGAAUACCUAUUUGACCUGAAGCAGGAGCGAAACUCCCGGUUAAACCGCCUAGAGUUGGAGUUUAUGUGCUACCGAAUCUUGUACAUGCUCAUGGUGGGGAACCACUCGGAGAUCUUCAAGAUCAAGUACAAGCUCUUGAAAAAACAGUACCAGCAUCCAGAAGAGGUGGACAUGUUGCGGUAUGCACAAUUGGCAUUCGACCUUCAGAACCUGAUGUUGACGUCCAACUUCUAUUCGUUCUUUCAAAUAGCCGAGAAGUUCAAGACCAUGGAGUUGGGGUCAAUUUUGAUUCAAAACUACUUGAUUGAGAAAGAGAAGAUCAAGACCCUUGAUAUUUUGGCCAAGAGCUACAAGAAGCUUUCUGAGGACUUUGCGAUGUGUUAAGGUUCUUCGAGCACUUUGGCCUACAAGGUUUUGAGAAUAAUGAACUUGAUUGUACGGUACUCCGGCCCCAGAUCCAGUUGUUGAUGGCCCGAACCAACUUCAAGAAAAUCGACAUCAAGGGCCAAGUAUAGUGCCUAGUCCAACGAUGGACCCAAGGCGAUCAUGGCGAAGUUAUGUUUGUUGGCCUCAUUGGUGUUGCUAAUGUAGAACUGGAUUUUCUCGUUCAACUUGGGGUCUUCGAUGAUAUUACUUCCCCCAACGCUUUCACCCAAGUCCACAGGCCCGGUUCUUCUGCCGUCCAACUCGUACAAAUGGUUAUCUUUUCCCUUGACAAAGGUGAUGAAAUGAAGCUCUACUGAAAUCUCUGGUGGAGGGGCUUCGGUCUGGCCACCGGAGCCGUAGUUUUCAUCCAACUGGAUCUGUUGCUCCAAGUUCUCGACCAACUUGGCGAUAUCUUCGGUCGAAAGUGACCUGUUUAAUUGCUGGAUCAAAAAGCUGUUGAGAAGCAGAUUGUCGAUGAUGAGGUCUGACUGCAAAUUGGUAAUCAAGUGUAAUAAAGCAUACAAUCCACACCCGUUACCGAUAGUCUGCUUGAACCAACGAACCGUAUCGAUGCUUUCACUGGAAUAUGGCGCUCUUGUGGAAUCGAAACGGGUUCUGUAGUCUUCAUAUUCUUUUGUAAUUGGAAAUAAGAGAGUCACCCCGAAUACCGGCUGAGGAAGAAAUGCCACUAGGUCGGGUUCCGUCAAUGACAACACGUCGUGGAACUCCAACACCGGUGACAAGCCCAAUUUGUGGGCCAUGGCCGUAAAGAUAUCAGGAUUACUCUCCAAUGGAAUAACUCGUUUACUAUCGGGCAUGCUGCAAACUGUGGUGGCAGUGGAGAAACUGAUCACUGGAACAGUGGUGGCAGUGGAGAAAUUGAUCACUGGAACAGU